AUGCUCCAAGAGAUCUCUUUGUUGAAGCGUAGCAGACAGCAGGUUGAAGAUCUUGAUGAGCAGCAGGCUGCUAUCGACCGCGAGAAGACCAUCCACGCCGAGAUCAAGAAGAACAUUGAUGACGGUGAUGCCAAGAAGUACAGUGAGCAGUUUGAGACCCUCAACGCUGAGUACAAGCAGCUCAAUGAGGAAGGAUUCAAGUCACGUGAGGCCCGUAACAAGCUCUUUGAUGAGCGCACCCGCCUCAGAGGUCUUUUGGACGAGGAGUUCAACGCCCUGCGCACCUUGCGCGACGAUCACCGCAAGGCCAAUGACGAGUACUACAAUUUCAUCCGCCAGUUGCGUGAGCACAAGCGUGAGCAGGAGCGUCUGCGCAAGCUCCAGGCCGAGGCCGAACAGCGCAAGGAAGUUGCCGAGCAGGAGCUUGAGCUGGCUUCCAUGCCUGCAUUUGCCCACGAAAUUGCUCUGUGCGAGAACUUGGCCAAAUACCUUGGUGGAUUUGUCAACAACGGCCCCAUUGCUGCCUCUGCUGCCGCUGCCGCACCUGUCAAUGCUCCCGAGGGUAUGGUUUUGCUCAAGAAGACCGAUCUUGAGGAGACUUACUUUAUGGGUGGUGGAAAGAAGAACAAGAACAACAAGAACAAGAGCAACGGUAACAGCCCUACUGGUGCUGCUGGUGCUGAUAAGGCUUCUGUUCUUCCUAAGAAGUCUGACGCACUCAAGUUGCCCUUGUCUACACUCGAGGACUUUUUCCUUGUCAAGGUUACCGUGCCAACCAAGAUUACAGAGGUAGCUGUCACCCUUGAGAAGCUCAAGGAGCGAAGAGAGUACUACUUGUCUGAACAGCCCAAGGUGACCGAAAGCAACAAGCAAAAGGCUAUUGCCAAGAUCGCAGCAAUGGAGAAGGAAGAAGAGGAAAAGAAGGCUGCUGAGGAAGCUGAGAAGGAGGCCGAGAAGGAGGCCAAGAAGGAAGAGGCUGCUAAGAAGGCUGAAGCCAAGAAGGAAGAAGUCAAGGAAGAAGAGCCAAAGUCUGAGGAAUAA